GUAAUGACCGGUAAUGAUUAGCUUCUAGCUUGUUAUCCUAAGAAGAAGAAGGAGAAAGGCGGUUUCCCUGCAGCUGAUCCUCGUUUAAAGUCUGAGCCCAGUGUGUGUCUACUAGUUUUACCUUCACAAUGACCUGUCAGCACUUCGUCCUGCUGCUGCUGCUGAGUGUCGGAGUCUCAGCGGUGGAAGUCCAACGACCUCGGGGUGUCCCUCUAUCGAAACGGGAGUUCUAUGAAGAGGGAAAACCUUUUACCUGCCUGGAUGGCUCUCGCUCAAUUUCCUUUGACAGAGUAAACGAUGACUACUGUGACUGCCAGGAUGGUUCUGAUGAGCCAGGUACUGCUGCUUGUCCCAACGGCAGCUUCCACUGCACCAAUGCAGGUUUCCGACCAGCCUUCAUCCCUUCAUCACGCAUCAAUGACGGAAUAUGUGACUGCUGUGACACAACAGAUGAGUACAACAGUGGGGCUACCUGUCAAAACACCUGCAGGGAGAUGGGGCGUAAAGAGAGAGAAAGCCUCCAAAAGAUGGCAGAGAUCGCUAAGGAAGGUUUCCUGCUUAAACAACAACUUAUCCAGGAGGCCAAGAGGGGCCUAGAGGACAAGAAGGGUAAAAUUUCAGACCUUCAGCUUAAUAAGAAGGAAUUGGAAGACAAGGUUGAGGCUCUGAGAACUGUGAAGGAGACCGCAGAGCAGCCAGAGAAAGAAGCUAAAGAGCGCCAUCUGAAGGCCUGGGAAGAUCAAAAAGCUGUGAUUCGCAUGGAGAAGGACAAGGUUAAAAUGACUGAGGUGUUUCUUGAGCUGGAUGAUGAUGCAGAUGGCUUUGUCUCUGCGGCUGAACUUCUGACCCAUUCUGAGCUCGAUCCAGAUUCAGAUGGUUCAUUCACAGAAGCAGAUGCUCAGGGACUUUUGGGUGGAGUGGACAAAGUGGAUACAAUAGCAUUUGAGGCAGUUUGGAAUAACCUCAAAGAAAAAUACAUAUCUGAGGCCAAAGUACCAGCACCAGUGGAGACUCCACAGGAGGAGAUGAGGGAGCCAGUUCCCGACAAUGACUCUGAGCAGUACCCAGAAGAUGAUAUCCCAGAGGAAGAAGAGGAAGAUGAUGAAGAGGAGGAGGAUGAUGAUGCAGAUGAUGCAGACUAUAAGAGUCCUCCUACGAUGCAGACUCAAGAAAAGAAGGAUGAGGAUGAUGAGGGGACUAUGCCACCCUACGAUCAAGAAACGCAGAACCUCAUUGAUGCUGCUCAGAAAACCAGGGAUCAAUUUGACGAGGCUGAGAGAGCUCUCCGGGAAGUGGAUGAUCAGAUCGGGAACCUUGAUAAGGAAGUCUCCUUUGACUUUGGACCUGAUGCUGAGUUUGCCUACCUCUAUAGCCAGUGUUAUGAUCUAACUACUAGCGAGUACAUCUACAGGCUCUGUCCAUUCAACAGAGUAACCCAGAAACCCAAGUAUGGUGGAUCAGAAACUAACCUGGGAACAUGGGGGAAAUGGGCAGGUCCUGAGAGUAACAUCUACGCUGUUAUGAAGUAUGAACAUGGAACAGGAUGCUGGCAAGGCCCCAACAGAUCCACCACGAUUAAGUUAACAUGUGGAAAGGAGACGGUUGUGACAUCUACCUCAGAGCCUAGUCGCUGUGAGUACCUGAUGGAGUUCAUCACCCCUGCUGUCUGCCAGGAGCCCCUGAACCCAGAUCUAGAACAUAAUCCACACGAAGAACUCUAGAUCCACUUGAUUUGUUGUUCUUGAGGGACCACAGUCACUGCAGCGACGUGAAGUUGCCAUGCUGUGAGCUGCACCACCUUGGUGGUUAAUCGAGGCUAAACGAUGGAAAUUCCAAGAGUAGUUUGGUCGUCUACACUUCCAACUUCCUCUGCUACUUGUUGUACUGUUUCACUAAUGUGUGUCUAACGUAAUGUCAUUCCACGGUUUUCAAAUAAAUUUCCUUUUAAUCAUA